AUGGAGUUUGACACCAAAAUCCCCAAAUCCGUCACCAGCGACCCUCUCUCCUUUGCGAGCGAGUCUGUCCGCAAGAGGUGGCCCGUCAUUCUGACUGGUACCGUCAAUGACAUCUACAAGACCAUCUCCCAGACCGACGAUGCCGAGAAGCAGGCCGAGGGCAAAAAGAUUGUCGAGCAGCUCGGCGCCCUCAAGUACGAGGUUGAGCACAACCGACCCCUGACUCCAAUCGUCGACGAUGGUUUCACCGACGAAGUCGCCGAGUACAAUAAGGAGGUGGCCGCCCUCGGCAAUCCUCCGACCUGGCAUGACGUCCCAUGGCUCUUUUCGGAGUGCUACAUGUAUCGACGCAUUAGCACCUUUUUUUCCACCACCAAGCACUGGAAAGAGUACGACCUCUUUUACCGCCAGAAGAUGGACACGUUUCGCACCUCGCGCAACGCCGUCCUCGAGCUCGCCGCCCGCUACAAGGAAUUCGUCACGGAGCUCCAAAAGGACAAGCCCGCCACGCACAACCUCGACGCCGAAAAGACGCUCUUUACCGAAAUGUUUGAGGUGUGCCUCUGGGGCAACGCCACCGACUUGUCCCUACUGACCAACAUGACGUACGAGGACAUUCAGAAGCUGCAGGGCAGCGAGGCGCGCAAGGCGGCCGAGAAGAACAUCAUCGCAAACGACCUCCCCCAAGUGUACGAGUCGCUGCGCCAGGCCCGCGCCGCGGGCAAGGAGGAGCGCCGCGUCGACUUUGUCCUCGACAAUGCGGGCUUUGAGCUCUGGGUCGACCUCAUCCUCGCUGGCUUCCUGCUCGCGUCGGGCCUGGCCACGCAGAUUGUGCUGCGGCCCAAGUCGAUUCCCUGGUUUGUGUCGGACGUGCUGCCGGCGGAUUUCUCGGGGCUGCUGAAUGCGAUUCAGGACCCGCGCGCGUUCUUUGAGACGCCCUCGGAGGAUGACAAGCUGCAGGGCAAGACGCCGGCCAAGCUGUCGGACAAGGAGGUGGCGGAUCUCGAGUUUGUGUUUCAGCACUGGACAGAGGCGCACGCCGAGGGGCAGCUUGUGAUGCGCCCGGAUCGCUACUGGACUGCGGGGGGCAGUUUCUGGCGCUUGCCGCAUCAGAGACCCGACUUACUCGAGGACCUGAAGGAGGCCGAGCUCGUCAUCUUCAAGGGCGAUCUCAACUACCGCAAGCUGACUGGUGAUGCUUGGUGGGAUCCUACCACACCGUACACCGAGGCUCUCGGCCCCAUGGGCCCAGCGUCGGGCGCCAACAUUAUGUCCCUGCGUACCGUCAAGGCCGAUGUCGUGGUAGGUCUCCCCCCCGGCAAGGACGAGGAGCUCAAGGCUACGCCGAAUGGUGGUGGCGAUACGGGGGCUCGCAAAUGGGGCUGGCACGGCAAGUGGGCUGUUGUGUCUUUUUCCAAAGGUCAUUAA